AACACUCUACAUCGACGAAUCUAUCACCAACGACUCGACGACCUAUCCACACGCUACCAAACCUCACUACCUGACCAUGUUCAAGCGUGCGAUCUCCGCCGUCCCGGCGCAAGCCAGCAGGAUCACAUCGACCUCCGUCCGCCCUCAAUUCAUCACUCGCACACUCGCACCAUGUGCACAAGCACCUCUACGACGAUCAUACCACGAGAAGGUCCUCGAUCAUUACGAACGCCCGCGCAACGUUGGAAGCAUGGCAAAGAACGACCAGGAUGUCGGAACAGGACUCGUCGGAGCACCGGCUUGUGGAGACGUCAUGAAGUUGCAGAUCAAGGUGGACCCAAAUAACGAUACCAUUACCGACGUCAAGUUCAAGACUUUUGGAUGUGGAAGCGCUAUCGCGAGCAGCAGCUACUUGACGGAAUUGGUGCGGGGUAUGACAUUGGAGCAGGCCGGAAGAGUGAGGAAUACCGAGAUUGCGAAGGAGCUUUGCUUGCCUCCGGUCAAGCUCCACUGCUCAAUGUUGGCCGAGGACGCCAUCAAAUCCGCCAUCAGCAACUACUACACAAAGAACCCCAAGGCCCGCGCCACAGACCUCGGCGGUACCGGUGCUGCCAUGCCGAAGAUUGAGAUCGAGAAGCUGCCUGCUGAUGUGCCUGCUCAGGCCUCAGCAUAGAGUUGCGCAUCGCGAAGAAACGUACGAGGGAGGCUGACUGAAAUUGGGAAAAGAGCUCCAACUGUCUCUUUCUUUGUGUUGACUUUUAGCGGGGUUUGGCGGUGUAUUUCUGAAAAUGGAGAGGCAGGCGUCGGAUGAAUUGUAUGCAAUAUGCACUGCUACAUAAUUCGAUGGGCUGGGAAUAAUACCCAGGCCUUGACGAAUGUCUGGCGUUCAUGCCCGGACUGCUUAAGCGGAGUAAGUAAGGACAAGAAUCAAACGACACGACAAAAAUCAAACGACACAACAUUCAUACUG